GGGGCGUCAAAGCGUAGGUAGUUUAUAAUAAGAACAAGACGGCCGCUGUAGUGAAGCUGCCUACCAACGAUAGCAUUGUUUCUACGUCCCUGUAAUUUCUUCUUUUCGGGUUUUCCUCGCGGCUACCAAGUGGUCUGGUCUGCUCGGUCCUGUCACGAUGAAGUCCCUUCUUCGUGCGGCAGUCGCAGCUGCUAUUACAUCUUUGGCUAUCGCCGAGCCCCUCCCCGUGCAGCCGCGAGCGGGAUGCAAUGCCGAUAACUGUGCUCGUGCUGUCAGCGCCACACGUUUUGGGGACGCCACUCUUUCGUCCCGUCUCGGAGACUGCAGUUCCUUCUUCGAGGCUACCUACACUCCCCCCACGUCGACGGUCAUUGUCACGGAAACUGUCGGUGUAACCGUGACCACCAACCCUCUUGCCAAGCGCUGUGUCGGCCCCAGAACGACCACUCCUGUUGCGAGCGGGUCGGAGAAAACCGUUCCAGCGUACGCUAGUCCCUGCUCAGGCUCCUCGCGAUACAGCAGCGCCUGCUCCUGCUGGGGUGCCCAGACAUCCACAACCACGGCUCCGACCCCCACCGUCACAUCCACCCUCACGAUCAAUGCGACCAUCACAUCGACGGAAUGGAACAGCCCAAAUAUCACGCCAGGGCCGGUCAAGUUGCCACCGUUCAACGACUGGACUCUGACCUACACAUAUGACGAGAUCACACUGCCCGUGUUCGACGAGACACCCGUGACAGUGACGCCAUCGUUUUCGGAGCCGUCGACCGUGUGCAUGCUGGGUGCCACUCCCACUGGCACUCCGUUCUAUGUCAUCGACCAGACGCUUGGAUACAUGUUCGACAAUGCUGGCCAGCCAGGGCCUCCUCAGGCUCCCACCUCCGAGGCCGACUACCAGGCCAUGAUGGCAAACUUCGACCCGCCGACUUUUGAGUUCCAGGUGGCGGAAGCUGCCCCCGCCGGCGUCUUCGAUCUCGUCCACACCAACAGCUCGGGCAGUUUCUACGUCGCUCUGCAGCCGGACACGGGAAACAUGACCUUCCUGACGUCCUCUACCAACGGCGCCGAGGUCCAAGGCCGCAGCACUACCGUCUUUGGAGUCUCUUGCAAGGGCUUCCUGACAGUUGUGUACGGCAGCACGUCGUAUAUCUGGACGGCAACCAACAGCAGCACAGUCGCCACGCCCGGCACUCCGGACAACGAUGGCAUGUAUCUCCUGGACGCCAACUUGAGGACGCCCCUGAACACGUCGCCCACAUCCGGUACCACGCGUCGCAGGGGACCCAACUAUGCCGAGUAUGGCGAAGCGCCGCGGUGUCCCAACUACCCCACCAACGUCUUGUCCAUCGUCAGAUCAAACGCGCGUGGUCUCAACCCCAACGGCUGUGGGCCGGCGAACGGCGUCGAGUCGAAGCUCAUCCCCAACUUGAACUUUGGCUCGUGCUGUAAUGCGCACGAUGAUUGCUUCGAUUCGUGUCCUACGACAUAUUUCGAAUCAUGCAAUCAAGACUUCCUCGGCUGCAUGAUUGGGAAGUGCGGUGAGCUCGCGAGGUCGUGGUGGCAGUUCUGGCUUUAUCCGGCCUGUAUGGCAGCGGCCGAUCUGUACGGCUGGGUCGUCACCACCGACGCGGGAGUGAAGGCGUUCAACCAAGCCACGUCGGAGCGUUGUGGCUGCGUAUGCCAGGACCCCAACUACGACCUCUGCGACGGCGAACACACCUGCCGGCUCGUCAGGGGCCCGCAGGACAACGACCCCAACAACUGCGGAGCCUGUGGUGCCACGUGCCCCUACAAGACGCACUGCUCCGGCGGGAGCUGCGCAUGCGACGGCGCCCGGUGUGGGAACCUCUGCGUCGACUUCCUGAACCAUCCGCGCAACUGCGGAGGCUGCGGCAUCGUGUGCCCCUCGGGCUACUGCUACAAGGGGGUGUGCUUCACGCCACCGCCGAAUCCGACCAUGUGCUACCCCGUCGACGCCGUCCAGAACGGCGGCUUCGCAGACGGCUCGUCCUGGACCAUCUCCGGCUACCCCGAAAUGCAGUCCGUCAGCUCUCCAGACCCGCUGUCCAAGGGUAACGCCAAUAGCAUGUUGCUCCAGGUCCCGCACAGCGACUCCACCUCCAUCCUGGCAACGCAGGACAUCCAUGUGUGCGCCGGGGUGCAGUACGAGAUAGACUUUCUGGCCCGCACGGCUUGGGGGACCGAUAAUUGUAUCCUGUUCGUCUGGAUUGGACCGAUGGAGCUUCCCGUGUGGAACCCGGUCGUCACAAUCCCCAUCACCCAGACGGGGCCAGGGGCAUGGGGGACCUGGGGUCCUUACCCGGUUGGGCCGUUCAACUUGUCGAGUCGGGGAGCCCAGCAGGCGGCUGACUUUUACAUCACGUUGCCGGUGACUAUUCAAUUUACGUGCAUUUUCCUCAAUCCCGAGCCGUCACCGCCACAGCCAAAUAAUCCAAACGGCAUUAGGAUUGAUGAUUUUUCGAUACAUCAGGCUUGAUCGGAGCAGCGAGGCUGGGGCAGCAAUAAUUUAUGAGGCAGUAUCUGUUUAUCAAAGCCAACGCAGAUAUAUUUCAUAGCAAAGGCAGUAUAAGCAGCAGUAAUAUAAGCAGACUGCACCACUA